AUCCUCUCUACGUGCAUACAAUCUUGCAUUAGGAACCUCAGAAGAAGAUUAAGCCUCCUCUUCUAAAUGUGAUGUUUAAGUUCAUAUGUAAUGUCCACUUUGUUUCUUACACUGAACUUUCUCUGUCUCUCUAAGCAUAUACGCACACAACAAUGAUGUUUUAUGCAAAGUACAAGUAGAUGAAACUAAUUGCUUGAGUUAGUGCAAGUAUAUUACCUCCUGCCACACGAUGUUUCACUUUGAGUUCUGCAGAUGAGAAACUGGUUAUUCUUCUGCAUGCACCAGUUCAUCAUCCUCUUCCUCUAUCUUCUGGCUUUCUUUUUUUUUCCACUUAAACACACUGUAAGCAUCAGAAAUGUAGAUGUGUGAAAAGAAAGAUCUUGGAAAUGGAAGAACAUGGCAGUCCCAAAAGAAGCAAAGAAGUGAGACAUCAGAAGAGCUAUUUUGAGGUUCUGGGGCUAUGCUGCCCCUCCGAAGUCCCACUGAUCGAGAACAUCUUGAGCUCAUUGGAUGGGAUUCAGAAAGUUUCGGUCAUCGUUCCAUCGAAGAUGGUCAUUGUAAUCCAUGACAGCCUCAUUAUCUCGCAGCUUCAGAUCGAAGGAUCUAUCAAAGUUUCUUUACACUCUAUUCUCUUGGCUUCAUCAGUUAAGGCAUUGAACCAGGCGAGGCUUGAAGCUACCGUUCGAGCAUAUGGAACUGAUGCAAUCGUCAAGAAAUGGCCAAGUCCAUACAUACUGGCCUCUGGAUUGCUGCUCUCAGCUUCCAUGUUCAAACACUUCUUCCACCCGCUGAAAUGGCUGGCAAUUGCUGCCGUGGUGGCUGGCCUGCCGCCAAUUGUGCUGAGAAGCAUUGCAGCCAUUCGAACAUGCACUCUCGACACCAACAUUUUGCUGCUGGUUGCAGUGGGUGGAGCGGUUGCACUUGAGGACUACACAGAAGCAGGCUUCAUUGUGCUUCUCUUCGCAGUUGCUGAAUGGCUGGAGUCAAUAUCCAGCCUCAAGGCCACCGUUGGGAUGUCAACGCUGAUGAGGAUGGCACCACAAAAUGCCAUUCUAGCAGAAACAGGCGAAGUAGUGGAUGCUCAAGAUGUGAAGAUCAACACAAUUCUGGCAGUUAAAGCCGGAGAAGUGAUCCCAAUCGAUGGAGUUGUGGUUGAAGGGCAGAGUGAAGUUGAUGAGAGUAGCCUCACAGGAGAGUCCUUCCCUGUCGUCAAGCAGCCGCAGUCACCAGUUUGGGCUGGCACACUAAACAUAGAUGGUUAUAUUAGUGUGCGCACAACUGCUUUAGCUGAGCAAUCUGCAGUUGCUAGAAUGGCAAGAUUAGUCGAAGAAGCUCAAAACCGCAGAUCCAAGACCCAGACAUUGAUAGACUCCUGUGCAAAGUACUACACACCAGCUGUGGUGACAAUAGCAGCAGGGGUUGCAGUAGUUCCAAUGCUAAUGAGAGUUAAUGAUACUAAAAGAUGGUUCAGGUUGGCACUUGUCCUGCUUGUGAGUGCAUGUCCCUGUGCAUUGGUGCUAUCCACACCCGUUGCAACAUUUUGUGCACUGUUGAGAGCAGCCAGGGCAGGACUCUUUAUCAAAGGAGGAGAUGUUCUUGAAAACCUGGCUGGCAUAACAGUGGUGGCGUUUGACAAGACAGGGACACUAACCAAAGGAGAGUUCACUGUCAUGGAUUUCCGCUCGAUUAGCAGCAACGUCUCCCUGCACACACUACUUUACUGGGUUUCAAGCAUUGAAAGCAAAUCAAGCCACCCAAUGGCAUCCGCAUUGGUAGAUUAUGCUAAAUCAAAUUCUAUCAAACCAAAACCAGAGAAUGUAAGGGAGUUUCAUAUUUACCCAGGAGAAGGAAUCCAUGGAGAAAUAGAUGGAAAGAACAUAUACAUAGGGAAUAAGAGAAUUGCAUCAAGGGCCGCAUGCAAGACAGUUCCAAACGUGGAGGGCAUGGAAGGAAUCAACUAUGGAUAUAUAUUCUUGGACAUGAUUCCAAUUGGAAUUUUCACUCUGUCUGAUACCUGCCGGGCUGGUGCUGCACAAGCACUAAAGGCACUAAAAUCACUGGGAAUUAAAUGUGCAAUGAUUACAGGAGACAGCAAUGAGGCAGCCAUCCAUGCACAGAACCAGCUAGGGCAUGCCAUAGAAAUAAUUCAUGCAGAGCUUCUACCAGAGGACAAGGUAAGAAUUAUUGGAGAUCUAAAGGCCGGAGAAGGUUCUAUAGCAAUGAUUGGAGAUGGGAUGAAUGAUGCACCUUCACUGGCCAUGGCAGAUGUUGGGAUCUCAAUGGGCAUAUCAGGUUCAGCAGUUGCAAAGGAGACCAGUCAUAUAACCUUAAUGUCAAAUGACAUCUCCAAGGUCCCAAAAGCUAUCAGACUGGCCAGGAAGACAUAUUUUACCAUCAUUCAGAAUAUUUUCUUCUCGGUGAUAACCAAAGUGGUAGUCCUUGCAUUUGCCUUUGCUGGCCAUCCACUUCUUUGGGCAGCUGUCCUAGCUGAUGUCGGCACAUGCCUUCUAGUCAUCUUAAACAGCAUGAUGCUAUUGCAAUCAAAAGACAAGAACAAGAAACAUUGUGCAAGGCAUGAACACAAAUUGCCUGGCAGUCAUGAACAAUCACAGAGUUGCAAACAUGGGCAUAGUUGCCAUGAGCAUGAGAAGGGAGACAAAGAAAAGACACAUGAGAACUGCAUGAAUCAAGACAGUCAAAUUGAAUCAUCAAUCGCUUCUCAUUGCUGUCAUGAGUCAGUGGCAGACAAAGCAAAUGCAACUCAGGAACAUUCAAUCUUGAUAACUGAUGGGAAGGUGCAACAUGGAGAUGGAUUGCUCAAAGAGAAUACAAGCAAGAAUGUUGCGUGCAGCCACAAGCCUGAUAUCAGGGAGAAUUGCUGUGAGAGACAUGUCAUUUGUAGUUCCUCAAAAUUUUGCAGAGGCACAGACAAGGAAAAGCAUGGUGAUUGUUGCAUUACUCACCGGCAUGUGUGUGGGAAAGAACAACAAGGUUGUUCAUCUUCACAGGGGAUCAUAGAAAGGAGAAUGAUCGGUGGGUGUUGUAAUAGUUACAGGAAACGGUGUGGGAAGAAAGAUAGCUGUUGUGCAAAUGGAAAUGUCCUACUGCCUGAGAUCAUCUUAGAGUAGAGAGGAGAGUGUAGGGCAGUUUAGGUUAAUUCAACUAAUGGUGUCUGUCCUUCUCAACUGGAUAAAAAUUCUGGAUGUUGUCUAGAUAUAUAACAAUUUGGAUUUGGACUGGAUGGAAGAAGUUGAGUCA